AUGUUAGGGAACUUCGCGAACAUAUCUAGACCGCGACGCCGACCAGCCACGCAGGACCCGAGCGUUCGACAUCCGCUCGGUUGUAUCGUACGGGUUAUCGAUCGGCAGCGAAUCGACCGUGAAGUUCUGCUAGCACAUGUGACCGGGAUGAAUCGUGUACUGUUCACUUACGCAUGGAUGUACGACGGUGGCAUUCAUUACUAUCCGUCUGUUAGAUUUUCUUCGAAUAUUAUCGAGGACAAUUUCAAGCUGAAGCUCUCGAUGCGAAACAUUACAGAUCGACGGACGGGACGAUGGGAU